UCAUGACAGAAAGGGAAAAAGUUACACAUAGGUAUUAUUACAGAAUAAUAGGUAUCAAAACAUUUAUCAUUUUGUGGACAACAGGGCAAGAUUAUUUGCGGCAGCCACUGAUUGUUACCGAGAACCGCAACACUGAUAAAACAAUAGUCAGUACAAAAUCAUAAAUAUAAAACAAAACAUUUCAAUGCAGUUCCAUAAAGGGCGACCUAAUUUUAUGCUGAUAAACAGUACAGGACUUCAAAAACAUGCAUUCCAUUGGCGGGUGGAAGCUUGCGCAGCGUCCAAACUACGUCACAAACACUAACAAAACUUAUCCUUACUCCGAAUGCCCGUAUUUAGGAGAGUACCGCUUAGUAAAGCUACCGGUCUCCCUGAACAACUUAAUAGAACAUGUAGACUAUUGGGGUGAAGGCAGGAUAGUCACACAACAGGGAAACAGCGGUUUCUCGGAUUGUUACAAUGUUAAUCAUGUGUUCCAACUCGUGAGUAAUGGCCCCGACAGAGGCAGGAAGAUUCCAAACAGGAUCCCAGUAGUAAACUACACCAAUUGCGAUACCAGCGCAUAUAUUAAGGACCACUCUGUCCAGGUCGUCACCGUCAUGGGAGCACCAAUAAACAACAGCUGUGCCAGAGACAUCGCAAGGAUGAUCAACCCAGACGUCGGUAAGGUUGUCGCAUAUGGAUUUGAAAGGAACUCAGCUGAAAUAAGAAACUUAAGUACAGAAUUGAAGAAAAAAUCGAUGUUCCACUAUCCUAAAUACACUUUACCAAGUAAACUACAAGGCUUGACGUUAUUUGAUAGCGACAUGACAUUUUUAAAUCUGACGGAAAUAAAAGACGUUCUUUAUAACAAGGUCACUGAAGGAUCUUACGAUGAUGCCAUCAGUUUGUCUAAGGAUAUGGACACAGAGGCCGGUUCGGAAGCUAUCGGCGAUGUUGUUAUCAAACUUAUACGAGACAAAUGCGGUAAUGUCAUGACGUAUGCUUACAAACUAUGGCACAGUGGAGCUACUGAGAUAAUACACAACAGUUUCCCAACUCCUUUCCAACUCAUUCUAAAAGGAGAAGUUGUAACGAUAGUCAGCAAAGAAUACCAACAAGCUAUGAGAUUAGAUGCGAGCGAUCCGAAAACCGAUACACCUGUACUUGGUGACAGUUCUGAUAAAAUAAGCAAGAAAGUGAGUUGGAAGUUCCAAACAGAGAUUGAGAAUGAUAAUGUUGUAUUUAAAAUAUGUAAUUUGGAACAUAACAUGUUGUUGAAGUUGGACGCAAAUACGGAUAGCCUGGGAGAUAGGAAAGUUUUAGCUUCGGCGCCAAAUAGUGAAGUUAGUUAUACAUAUUUUGUUGAGCCUGUGAUGACAAAUGGACAUGUAGUCUUCCGUCUCAUAGAUUCUCAGUAUCAUCAGGCUGUAAAAAUGGAUGAUGAAGAGGGUGCUAAUGGCCACAGAACAGUUUGGGGACAUAAUGGUGAUCCGCGCGGUGACAACAAAUCACUUGACUGGGUGAUUGCUGCAAAUACGAAGCUUUGGGAAAAGGAAGCAAUUGAAAUAUGAAACGUUUUAGAAACUAUCGUUUAUUGGCAACAUGUUUAAUGGCAUAAAUGUGUGUACUAUGUACUGUAUGUACCUUCUUAUCUAUUAAAACAUAUGUAGUUAAUAAAAUAA